UCUUCUACAUCAGUUUUUCAAUAAGAACUUCUCAGUUAGCGCAUGAUUUUAACUUCAAAUCGAUACUAAAGUUGUAUAAAAAAUCUGAUCUUACAAAAACGAAGACAAUAAAAUUCGUUCUUCCGUCCGCUUAAUUCGGAUAAAGUGAUAUUUAAACAAAAGUAACGUUUUUAAUUGUAAUAAAAAAAAAACGUUCCAAAGUGAUUUUACUUAAAACAAUAUAAGUAGAUAUAAAAACUAUAUAAUAAAUUAUUUCAUGGAUAUAAUAUUGAUUUAAAAUGUCUACGACAAUUCCAAGGUACAACGAGAAAAGCUUUAUUUUAGAUUCGCGAAGGACUUUUUCUGAAGACCAGGGUAGCAGUAUAGAUUCAAACGAAAAUGCUUUUGAUGAUAUGAAACAAAUAAUGGAAGAAGAAGAAAAUGAAAAAAGGACCAGUUUACCUUUGGCCAGUUUCAAUUUUAUAAAUUCUAUAAUUGGAAGUGGUGUCAUAGGAAUCCCUUAUGCACUUCAUGAGUCUGGUUUUGGAUUUGGGGUUUUGCUCCUUCUCCUUGUGGCAUAUGUCACUGACUAUUCCUUGAUUUUAAUGGUAAGAAGUGGUCACAUUUCUGGUAGAUUUACUUACCAAGGGAUUAUGGAAUCUGCCUUUGGCAAACCUGGUCAUGUAUUACUUGGACUGAUGCAGUUUAUUUAUCCUUUCAUCGCAAUGGUCUCGUACAACGUUGUUGUUGGUGAUACGGUUACUAAAGUAGCUAUACGACUUUUUGGAAUGAGUCAUGACUCCUUAUUUGCCAAAAGACAGAUAAUUGUAUUAGUAUGCACCCUAUUCGUAACGGUACCCUUAUGCCUAUAUAGAAAUAUAGCAAAAUUAGCAAAUAUUUCGUUCUUAAGCCUCGUGUGUAUAGCAUUUAUACUUCUAUCAAUUUUCAUUCGAAUGGGAUCAAUGCAAGCAAAACUAACAAUGCCAGACCAUGCAUGGAGUUUUAUGAAUGCCGAUAUAAUUCCAGCUAUAGGGAUAAUGUCCUUUGCGUUCAUGUGUCAUCACAAUACUUUUCUAAUUUAUGGUUCAAUUAAAGAAGCAUCAGAAGAGAAAUGGAAGAUUGUUACCCACGCGUCUAUUUUCACAAGCUUCUUGGUUACCAUUUUGUUCGGCAUCGCUGGUUAUGCCACAUUUACAACCAGUACGCAGGGUGAUUUAUUGGAAAAUUAUUGCUGGGACGAUGACCUUAUGAACUUCAGUCGUCUGUUGUUCAGCGUGACCAUUUUAUUGACGUAUCCAAUCGAAUGUUUUGUUGUCCGAGAUGUCAUAGAAUAUUCGUUUUUGAGAAAAGACUCCGAAGCCCUAACUUCGGACAAAAUCCAUUACGGAAUCACAAUUACCAUCAUUGCCCUUACGUACCUUUUGUCAAUUGCCACAGACUGCUUGGGAAUCGUCUUGGAAUUGAAUGGUCUUCUGGCAGCAAUACCAUUGGCCUACGUCCUUCCAGCAAUGUGUUAUUUAAAACUCGACGAAGGGCACAUUCUAUCGAGGAAAAAACUUCCAGCCCUUGGGGUGGUUCUAUUCGGCCUGGUGGUUACAGUACUUGGCAUUAUUUUUGUAGCGGUCGACUUCAAAGAGGUCGAUACGUGUUCUCAUGGUAAAAUAAUGCCAUACUGCUACCCCAACAACACACUACACAACCAUACAAUAGUCGAAAGCACUCACGAAGCAAAUACGUUUGUUCAUACCAACAUUGUACAUACAACAUUGUCGACUAUUAUUGGUAAGGUAACAGAAAAAACUUUAUAGGCAUAAUUAACGUAAGAAAUAUUUAAAAAAAAAACAUACGGCCACAACUCUGACACGAACGAAAAUACGCACAUUGCUUUUGUGACUUACUGUACACAAUCAAGUUGAAUAUAUGUAUAUACAGUUCGUCUCACACGAGGGAUUGAUUGCGUGGCUCUUAGCACUAGGUGCACUAUAUUUUUUAAUGAUGUGGUUUCAAAUGGCUAUAAAGAAAAAAAACAAAAAAGAAAUAUAGAUAAUUAUCCAAUAUUUAUUAAUAAAUAGGCAAGGCAAGUGUAUACCUAUCGAAUAUAUAAGUAUAUAAUUAAAUAAAUAAAAACGUUUUAGCAGAUAAUAUUUUGAAGAGGCAUGUUCUAGAUAUCUGUAACGCGUUUUUGCAAUUGCUGUUAUCUGAAGUGUUUAAUUUUUAACUUUGUUGGCUAAUUGUAUUUUUUUAAGUAUUUCAAAGAAUUUCUCGUAGAUAACAAUAAUUUAAUGAAUAACGUCAAUUAUUCUUGAUGGACUUAUAAAGAAGCUAAAAACGAAUCGUCUGGUAACUUAUUAGAAACUAGAAGGUAUAAUUGUUACAAUAAAUUUAAACAGUAUUUACGAUGGGGCCUAUGCAAAUAAAAAGAAAAUAGGGUGACGAACCACCUGUAUAAUAGCAAGCUAGGUAGCACAAUAUACUUUUGAAUUGAAUUUUUAUAUUUUUUAUUUAUUUAAUUAUUAA